GUAAUAUUCAGUAGUCUGGUCAGCUUGUGUGAUAGAAUGUUUUUUCACCUUCCCGGAUAACAUCAGUCUGUUUUCCUCCUCUUGUUGAAAUGCAGGAUAAGUUAAAGAGAAACUCCAGCAAAGUAUAAACUACACAUCGCAUUUCCUCCUCCAGCAUGAGGCUAUGCAGGGCUAAACCUGUCCGCAGGAGGAUGCUCUGCCUCUGGCUGCUGCUCAUCGGCUUCGUCCUGGUGACGCUGACGCUCUCGGAUCUCUUCAGCCAGGACCGCGACCUCAGUCUGGGAAUGCCUGGCUCCCCGCGGCGGCCCCUCCAGCGGAUCCAAAGCCCACCGGACCCGGAGGUCAUCGUGCAGUCUCGGGACCCUGCUCUGGAACUUGGAGUCGAUUCGGCUCCAAUAGAAUCCCUGCAAGAAGACCAGCUUCUAUUUGUGCAGUCAGUCCAGGGCACCAGGAGCCCGACGCAGAAGAAGCGGAGUUACAAGUUACUGUUACCUGGAGCAAAUAAAGACGCGACCGUGUCGGGACCGUCUGCGCUCGGUGAGAUGGGGAGAGCCGUGCAGCUGCAGCUGGAGGCUGCAGAGAGGGACAUGGAGCUGGCUGCGCUGCAGAGAUACGGGUUUAACGAGGUGGUCAGUGAGAAGAUUUCUCUCCAUCGCAAACUGCCGGACGCGCGCAAUCCUGAGUGCUUCGGGGAGCAGUUCAGCGAGUCUCUGCCGUCUGCCAGUGUUGUCAUAUGUUUUCACGACGAGGCUUGGUCCACUCUCCUGCGCACCGUGCACAGCGUGCUCGACACUGCGCCCCGUCAGCAUCUGCAGGAGGUCCUGUUGGUGGACGACCUGAGUCAGCAUGGUCACCUGAAGGCUGUGCUGAGCGAGUAUGUGUCCCACCUGGAUGGAGUUCACUUGAUUCGCAGCAAAAAGCGCCUGGGUGUGGCGGGGUGUCGUACCCUGGGUGCCGCCCGGGCAGUAGGGGAGGUGUUGGUCUUCAUGGACUCUCACUGCGAGUGCCAGACUGGCUGGCUGGAGCCUCUGCUGGAGAGAGUUGCCCAGGAUAGGACCACAGUAGUGUCCCCCAUCGUGGAUGAGAUAGACUGGCAGACGCUCCAGUACAGUGCCACCCAGUGGCCAGUCCAGGGACUGUUUGACUGGAGGCUGGACUUCCACUGGGAAUCAAACCCUCAACUGCAAGAAAAGGAUCCAGAGAUGAAUGUCCAACCUGUGCAGAGCCCGGCUUUAGGAGGGGAAGUUUUAGCCAUUGACAAACAGUUCUUCCAAAGCGUGGGAGCCUACGAUCCAGGAAUGCUGCUGUGGGGGGCGGAGCAAAUCGAGCUAUCAAUCAGGGUAUGGUCUUGCGGGGGCUCCAUGGAGGUGGUCCCUUGCUCCCGCGUGGCCCACCUCAACCGUCACCACCUGCCACAUCGCUCCCCAGACCAGGACCUGCUUGAGAGGAACAAAAUUCGCAUUGCUGACACCUGGAUGGACGCUUACAGGAAGAUCUUCUUCAGAAGAGACACGCUUGCUCAUUUCAUCAGGCAGUCUGAAAGUCCAAACAUCACCGAGCGUCUCCGACUGAAGAGAAGUCUGGGCUGUAGGAACUUCCACUGGUUCCUCACAUCAGUGUAUCCGCAGCUCUACAUCCCACAGGACAGGCCUACACUGUCAGGCGAGCUGUACAGUGUUGGCACCGGCAGAUGUGCAGACUCCUUCCAUGGACCGGAGGGUGAAGCCAUGACUGUCGCCCCGUGCACUGGGACGGGCAGCCAGCAUUGUGAUCUAAACUCUGAGGGGGAAGUGCGAUGGGGUCCCAUGGGUGCUUCGUGCUUGGAUGUAAAGGGAGACAGGGUGGUCCUCUCUUUAUGUCCCACCCAGCGGCCAACCCUCAGCAGACUCCAGUGGAAGUUUGUGAAGCUGAGCAGUCAGCUGCUUCACCAGCAGUCCCAGUUAUGUCUGGAGGCUGUUAAAGAAGGAGCCCAGCAGAGCAGACAGGACAACAUCCACGCCAGCGCGGGAGGUCUCUUCCUGCGCCAGUGCUCACAUCACCCCAGACAGCAGUGGCACUUUGAGCAGCUGGUGGUUCCUAAAGGAACCUGAGACACUAAACCCGAAGGGAACCGGUAAAUAUGUGAGACGUGAAUCAUCUCACUGACCGAGCAUUAAUAUACAAUUCACAGUGGCAUUGAGAUAUGCUGUGUACAGAAAGAUAGUGACUCUUUGACACAGUGUGAUCCAAGCAGCAGCCGGUCGUCGUCAGAUGGGAGCUGAACUCAUCCUCCCAAAGAGAGGACAGUCCUCUUCACACGAGUUGGAGACAAUUAACCUCAGAUGAUGCUUUUGGAUUGUGGGAAGAAACUGGAGUUCCCAGAGAAAUCCCACAUGUGGGCAGAAAGAACAUGCACACAGAAAAUCCUCAGAGCCUGGACUUGAAUUCACCUGUGGGAUGAGAUUGUGAAGCACCAGAACUUUGCAGCCCUUAUAGAGAACAUAAUAUGUUGGCGCUCAUCACCCAAAAGCGCUGGACACAGCAUAGAUUUUCUCUUUUGCCACUCAGCCGUUUUGUUCCUGUUUUAAGGAUUGCACAUAUUAGAAAAGUCUAAGUGUAUUGUUUAAUUAUAUAUUGUAUGUCAGUUCUUCAUGUUUGGUUCAUUAAAUGCUUGCUUGAUUUACUUUUUAUGCACUUUUCAGAAAAGGCAGAUGGACACAAUGAAAGCAGCUGAACUCAGUCUCUGUCAGUCCCUGAAUAAAUUAUUUCACAAAUGCU